AAUUUCCAAUGGCAGUAGAGGCUGAUUUCGAAGUGAACUUCACCGGCAAGUUUAUUGUCAAAGCUACAAAUCCCAUGCCGGACCAGCCUCACAUCCUCACUCUAUCAAACCUCGACUUGCUCUCCGGCCGCUUUCCGGUCACAUACUUCUAUUUCUAUCCCAACAAACCACAUGAUCACGAUCAUGAUGCUUCCAACUUUACCUCUAUCAUUGAGUCCUUAAAGACCUCCCUUGCCAAUACUCUCGACUGUUACUACCCCUUCUGCGGUCGAAUCGUCACUAACCCGCAUACCAACGAGCCCAAAAUCAUGUGUGACAACUCGGGUGCCCUAGUUGUGGAAGCUCAUGCCAACAUUCCUUUGAAAAGAUUGAAUUUCUACAAUAUUGAUCGAUCUCUUCAAAAGGAUAAACUAGUUUCCAUCAACCCUGAUUUUCCUUUACAAGUUCAAGCCACAUUUUAUACAUGCGGAGGCGUUUCAAUCACGUUCACUUUUGACCAUGCACUUGGAGACGCCACUAGCUUUGGCAAUUUUCUUCUCUCAUGGUCCGAAAUAGCACGAAAGAAGCCGAUUUCCUGCAUGCCGGAUCACCGGAGAAACCUACACCUUCGUGCGCGAAGCCCUCCAACGUAUCACUCUUCCUUGGACCACACGUUUGUCAAGUGCACCAUGGAAGAGAUUAUGAAUAUCCCAACAGCCAAAACCUUGAUUAAGCGUCUUUAUUUCAUCGACGGUUCGAGCAUCAAGCAGCUGCAAAAUCUUGCAUCAAAAAAUGGAAAGCAGAGAACAAAAAUUGAGGCAGUCUCGGCUUACAUAUGGAAAACCAUGGUCCAUGCCAUCGAUACAAAAUCCCAUGGAAUGUGCAAGAUGGGGUGGCUGGUAGAUGGACGGUCUAGAUUGCACAAAAACGAAGAUGAAAACUCAUUGUCAAAUUACAUUGGAAAUGUGUUGUCGUUGGCAUGUGGAGAGGCAAGUGUGAGUGAUUUGAAUCAAAAUUCAAUCUCAGAAGUUGCUGAUAUGGUUGGUGAGGCAAUUUCAAAGGUGACAAAUGAGGAGCAUUUCUUGGACUUGAUUGAUUGGAUUGAGUGUCACAGGCCUGGGAUUAUGUUAUCCAGGGUUGUCCUGGGACAAGGAGGCCCAACGGUUGUUUUAUCAUCAGGAAGAAGGUUUCCAGUUGGUGAGUUGGACUUUGGAUUUGGAAGUCCGGUACUUGGGACUGUUUGUUCCACAAUUGAGAGGAUUGGAGUGGCUUACAUGAACCAAAGGUCAAGUGCAAAGGGUGAUGGCUCAUGGACUGUUUCUUCUAUCCUGUGGCCGGAGUUAGCAGCUGCUUUGGAGUCCGACUCCAUUUUUCAGCCCAUGACCACUAGCCAUCUUCAACUUUAGGGCUCAAUCUAUAUGGUGCUAUGUUUAAUGUUUACUUGUAAUGUACAAUAUAAAAUCGAUACAUAACCCAAAUAUGCAGAAUGUGGAAUAUAAGAUGACUGAAAGGAUUGAAGAGCAACUCGAUAAGCAUAAAACCGGCAGCACUGGUGUCUGAUAUGGGUUUUUUAAGUCGAAU